AUGUGCGAAUAUGACGCCGAUCGAACCGUCGAGAACGACGAACACUACCAGAAGACUACCGUUUCAAACGAACAAGCAAGUCAACCAGCCAUGGGUGACGAAGAGGUUAUGAAAAAGGUAGGAGGACCAGGUGGUGAUAUUCUCGCGGGCCUUGCGGACAAUGUGCUGGGUGGUGGUGGUAGA